GCCUGCGGCGGCGCAGGCGUCGGUGUUCGGAAGUGUCCGGUCUAUGGAGUCAGUUGGUUUCGGCGGCGGCGCGGAGGUAGCAGGCGGUGUCCGAGUGGGGGCCUUUGCCCCGCCAGGAUGUUACUGGGCUUGGCCGCCGCCGCCGCGGCCCACAGAUGUAGCUGGUCCUCCCUGUGCCGGCUUCGUCUGCGCUGCAGGGCGGUAGCCUGCGGCUCCAGCGACCUCCAGGAAUGGCAGAAUUUAGUGACGUUUGGAAGCUUUUCAAAUAUUGUUCCCUGUUGCACACUGAAUCAAGUAAAGUUGUAUUCCACAAAUGUUCAGAAAGAAGGACAGGGAUCACAAACUCACAAAAUGGAAAAUGUACCAUCAUUUGAUGAAGCAGCAGAGAAUAUUGGUGCAGAACUGAAAGCUCCACUUAUUAAGCAAGAACCUCUCCAAGUAAGAGUCAAAGCCGUCCUUAAAAAGAGGGAAUAUGGACCAAAGUACACUCAGAAUAAUUUCAUCACUGGAGUCAGAGCAAUGAAUGAGUUCUGCCUCAAAUCCAGUGAUCUAGAACAACUUCGAAAAAUCAGACGACGAAGUCCUCAUGAAGAUACCGAGUCCUUUACUGUAUACUUGAGAUCAGAUGUGGAGACAAAAUCUUUGGAAGUUUGGGGAAGCCCUGAAGCUCUUGCCAGAGAGAAAAAACUUCGUAAGGAAGCAGAAAUAGAAUAUAGAGAAAGGCUAUUUAGAAACCAAAAAAUAUUGAGAGAAUAUAGAGAGUUUCUGGGCAAUACCAAGCCACGCUCUAGACCGACAUCAGUUUUUUUUAAGGGGCCAGGAAAGGUGGUGAUGGUUGCCAUUUGCAUCAAUGGAUUAAACUGUUUCUUCAAAUUUCUUGCCUGGAUUUAUACGGGUUCAGCAAGUAUGUUCUCAGAAGCUAUACACUCUUUAUCUGAUACUUGUAAUCAGGCCUUACUAGCAUUGGGCAUCAGUAAGUCUGUUCAAACACCAGAUCCUACUCAUCCGUAUGGAUUUUCAAAUAUGCGCUAUAUUGCUUCACUAAUCAGUGGUGUUGGUAUUUUCAUGAUGGGUGCAGGAUUAUCUUGGUACCAUGGAGUCAUGGGAUUGCUUAAUCCUCAACCAAUAGAAUCUCUUCUAUGGGCAUACUGUAUUUUAGCAGGAUCAUUAGUAUCUGAAGGAGCAACACUUCUUGUUGCUGUAAAUGAGCUUCGUAGGAGUGCUCGGGCCAAAGGAAUGUCACUGUACAAGUAUGUAAUGGAAAGUCGUGAUCCUAGUACAAAUGUUAUAUUAUUGGAGGAUACUGCAGCAGUGUUGGGAGUGACAAUAGCAGCCACUUGUAUGGGCCUUACUUCUAUAACAGGCAAUCCACUGUAUGACAGCCUAGGUUCUUUGGGUGUGGGCACCUUAUUAGGUGUGGUCUCAGCAUUCCUCAUCUACACUAACACAGAAGCACUCUUAGGGCGAUCCAUCCAGCCAGAACAAGUACAACGGCUUACUGAACUCCUGGAGAACGACCCAUCAGUAAGGGCAAUUCAUGACGUUAAAGCCACAGAUCUAGGAUUAGGGAAAGUAAGAUUUAAGGCAGAAGUAGAUUUUGAUGGACGAGUUGUUACGAGAUCAUAUUUGGAAAAACAAGAUUUUGACCAAAUGCUACAAGAAAUUCAAGAAGUGAAGACUCCUGAAGAACUAGAGACCUUUAUGCUUAAACAUGGAGAAAAUAUUAUUGAUACUUUAGGAGCUGAAGUAGAUAGACUUGAGAAGGAACUGAAAAAACGAAAUCCUGAAGUUCGACAUGUAGAUCUGGAGAUAUUAUAGACUUGAUGGAAUGAAUCACCUUGGAGGGAGCCUUGGAAACAAGUUUGCCAAGACUACUUUCCCACACUGAAGGAGUCAAUGCCAUUCAGAAGCCGUUUUGGGUUUUUUUUUAGGAUGGAGGAAAUAUUUAUGUAAAGAGCAAUUCAACAGUCCACAGAAC